AACUCUUGUAUCCAGGGACGGAGCCAGGGGGGCUAGGGGGGGCUAGAGCCCCCUCCCAAAUUUUGAGUUUUUUUUAUAUUUUUUAUUUUUUUAUUUUAAAAUAUAUAUAGAUAUAUGUUUAUACAUAUUAUAAAAUAAUUUUGUUUUAUAAAAGAGUAUUUGGUUAUUAUAUUCUCUCAUAUAUACUUAAUUUAAGGAUAAUUUUGUUUUUUAAAACUAUAUGAUCUAUGAAAUAUUGUUUGUUAUUAUUACUAUUAUACAUGUCUUUUAAUAAAAAAUGCCUAAUAUGUAUGAAAUGCUAAAAAAAAUUAUAAUGUAUUGAAACUAAUUUGUAAUAUAUAGAAAAUAUAUAAUCUAUGGACAUGUUGUUUGUUAUUAUUAUUAUUAUGCUUGCCUUUUAAUAAAAAAUGUCUUAAAUAUAUGGAAUUUCCAAAAAAAGUUUUGUGAUAUAUUGAAACUAUAUAAUCUAUGAAAAUAUUGUUCGUUAUUAUUAGUAUUAUGCUCGUAUUUUAAUAAAAAAAAUACCUUAAAUAUACUGAAUGCCCAAAAAAAAAUUCUCGAAGGCGGUAUUCCUGGCUCCGUCCCUGCUUGUAUCUUGCCAUUUCCACUUUAAAGUAGCUAGCUUUCAUUUCAUUAUAUUUUGCUCACGAGCUACACAAUAACAUGAUGUUAAUUAGAGUGAUGUUCAGGUAAGUCUACUCAUCCGUUUCUGAUUAUUGAUAAAUCUUAGCCAAUACUUAGAUUCUGAGAAUAUGACCUCUGCAAAAAUUGAAAAAUCUCUAAAAUCUCUUCAUGAUUGGAAACUGCCUCCAUCUUCACCCUCGGAUGCUUUUAAGCGAAGGUUUUUUUUCAAAUUUUCUUCUCAACCUUCUUCUUCUACAGUCAAAACCAUAGAGAAAGAAAUUCGCUUAUCUGAGGGAUACGCAACGUUUCCUCUCUUCCCUGAUCAUCUUCAAAGAGUUUACAAAAGCAAAUAUUCCUACCUUCAGAUGGAAAUGAUUCAGGUUGGUGUGAAACCUACGAAACUAGGUUCGAACACCUCUGUAAUAAUAUCCCUUCAUGACAAGAGAUUUCAAAAAUUUAAUUAUGAAUCUUUAAUGGGGUUGGUUGAAUCAAGUUUAUGCGAUGGCCCCAUUUAUUUCUACUACUUUCCUUCCCAUUGUGUUCAUAUGUUAGAUCGUAAUCUAUGCGAAGCCUUUACCGUUGAUAUCAAAACCCAAGGAUGUAGUAAGGAUGAGAACGUGAUUCUUAUGUAUAAAUUCCAUUAUAAACCGACGUAUAGUAAUAAUGUUGAUUUCCAAAAGAAAAAGUGGAGUCUCGCUCGAGAAACGACUUUGUUCCUUACAAAUAUUGUUGGUGGGAGAAAUCGUGUGGUUUCGAAGAAGAUCUACUGGGAUCAGGUUUCAUUGCCUGAGGCAUGGUUUGUUAGAAACGACGGCGGCGGCGGCGGCGGCUCAGUUUCCUCCGGUGAGGCUCGCGUCGACUGGAAGGAGGCGGCGGAGGCGCACGUGUUGAAGGUGGAUGUUCCCGGAUUCAAGAAGGGGGAAGUUAGGGUUGAGGUUGAAGGCGGUAGAGUUCUCCAAAUUAGUGGGGAGAGGAGGAAGGAGGAGGAGGAGAGCGAUGGCAAGUGGCAUUGUGAGGAGAGGAGCGGCGGAGGGAGAUUCCUCCGCCGCGUGACGAUGCCGGAGAAUGCCAAAUUGGGUGAGGUGAAGGCGAGUUUGGAGGACGGGGUGCUGACGGUGACGGUGCCCAAGGGUGAAGUAUACCGGAAGCCGGAAGUGGUGGUUAUCGAUAUUUCUGGUUAGAGCAAAUUCUGUUCCAUGUGGACGAUGAAGCGGCGAUCUGUUGGUUUCAACCAAUAGGUCGGGGGUUCUAGUCAUCUAAAGAGCUAGAGUGUGGAUAUGUAAUAACAAUUAGUGCCAUGUUGUGUAUAUAGUAUAAGAACAGAGUGAUUCUGUAUUUCUAUUUUGAUCGGUAGCGAAGCAAGGAAUUAAUUUGGGAGGGGGCUGAACUUGCACGAGUCUGGAGGAUGGGGGUGCUGACGGUGACGGUGCCCAAGGGGGAAGUCCACCGGAAGCCGGAAGUGGUGGUUAUCGAUAUUUCUUAAUUAAUUAAGCAAAUUAAUAAUGUUUGUGGAGUCCACGUGUGCAAAUUAGUGUCAUGUUGUGUAAUAGUGUGAGAACAGAGUGAUUCUGUAUUUCUGCAUUGAUGUUUAAUAUUGAAAUGGGCGUUGAUUAUAUCA